ACUGAUGGACUGUGGUGAAAAGGUUGAAUUUGCGUUGUUUAGAAAUGCGUAGUGAAAACUGUUUUGCAGUUCCGAGAUAUAAAUCUGUAGAUUAUGUUUACCGUUUGUAGGAUGUAACUCUGUGCAGUCCGGUAGCCACUUAACGACGUUUGGAAGCAAGAGGUUUCCUCAAAAUGUGUGAACGAACUGUCCUCAAAACUUGAGCAACAGUCCCUCAGAUUGCACAAUGGUCAAUAAGAGACCAAGCUUUAUAGUCUCUGUUGUGAGAACAAAGAAAUCCACAAUAAUGUGUGUUUGUACACAAUCAUUAGUAUGUUUUCUUACAAACUCGGACAAAUAUUUGCGUCUAGGUACAGGAAUGGUAAUAAUUCUGGCAAAGAGAGCUGAACAGAUAUUUCCUGCUGUGAGAGAGAGAAUGAACUGUACAAAUUCAGAGAAUGUUUUAGUGGGUCCAUGUGGUGAGACAUACCCAGCAAGUCAUGAUGCAAACCAGCCCAUGAAUAUAAAAGCUGAGGAAGUCACAGACUCAGAAGAGGAAGUGGAUCCUUUGAAAAUAACAGUUCAGGAAAUAAAGGCUGAACCUGAGGAGAGGUUCUACCAGUUUGAGGACAAUGGCUGAAGUUUUAUGUGUGUCUGCCGUGGUCAAGGGGGAGUCAAGUGCUGUAUCCUUGCCUGUAUAUGCAAGGAAGGACCAUAAAUACCCUGUGGUGGAGCACACAACUCAUAAGUCUUAAUUCCAAAUUUGGAUGCCUUGAGAGGGGGGUACUGUUUGAAAAACAGAUGGCCUUUCCAAAGUGUCAAUGAUUCAUCAACUGAAAUGUCCUUCGUUUGGGAGAUACGGUUCCUGAAAUUUGU